AUGUGGUAUGGGGUAAAGGAAGAAGCGCCAGUUAGAAUUCCCACUUACAGAAAAGAUGUCGAGCAGCCUGGCCGGUGUGUCACACGCCUCUUUUGGGCCGUACCGACGGUUCAAAGUGUGCCGGUCCUACCAGCCUCAUUCGUGUCCGUCCACCAAUUAACACUUCCUCUCUUCUCGUCCGUCUCGACCCUGUCCAUCAGGCCUCAGAGCACAUGCACACAGCCAGCCAGCCGGCCGGUCUGGCGUAACGUUAUAUGCUUCUGUCACGACCUUGUAACCCUGGCGACUGUCGAGCUAGAUGUGUGUUCAGCUCUGGAGGCCUGUCGGUACCGCACCUUCCUCGGCUGGACGCAGAGUCGGCAUGGAGACUGGAUGCGUGAAACGAUCCUCAAGGACUCCUAUCCGGUUCCAGCGGAUAUUCGGUGA